UAAAGCUUUCGUCAUUUUGCGACUGGAUAUCCAGGGGAACUCCCUGAUGAUGCAACAUUUGGGGCCGAUCACGUGCCUUAUCAAUUCUCUCGUUUUAUUACUGACAUUACUGACUUCGCUAUUGCUCGGCGUGUUCGCUGACGUGGAAAGUCGUUGCGUGCUUUAAUAACGCCCUAUUCAUAUAUACUUUGUUCGUCUUGCAGUGCUUCGCAGAACCUUGAAUAAAAAUGUCACAAAUUAGUUCAAUUAUUCUGCAAACUGUUUCAAUUAUUGCUCAAUACGUGAAAGGUGGUAAAGACACUGCAUCUGUGAAGUGUAUGAUACAAGAGGAAAUACGAAGGACCCAAAAUAUGGAAAAUAGGGAAGUGAUGGAGAAAAUUGUUGAUAAAAUUUUAGAUCACAAACAUGCACAAGAACUUCAUGAAAUAUCCCUUAAAGCUGAAAGAUAUAAACUUGAAGCUGAACAUUGGCAAAAGCUGGUUAAAGAUCUAAAGCAAGAAGAAAAAACUGUUGAAAACAAAGAGGAGGAGGAGAAGAACGAACAAAUAAUGUCGUGUUUGGCUGAAUUAUUAUUGCAACUACAAGAAACUGGACAAUCCAAAUAUCAAAAGAACAAGACACGUGCUCAACAUGGACGUGGAAAUUUUCACAACAGAAACAUCAAUUCCAAUGUCUCAAAUGAUCAAGAUUUCACUCGACACCGAAAAUUUCAACAAACUACUGAUUUUCGGCAAUCCAAUUUUCUGCCUACCUCACAUACACAUUUUCAACAAAACCCUCGGUUUCAACGCACCAUAGAAUUUCAAAGAGGCCCAGGUUUCCAAAACCCAAAUAUCCGUGAGAACCUUACUGCUGAACAGGAAUAUGUGUUUCAAGAGAGGCAGAAUGUCCAGAGACCAAGAGGGAAGCAGUCAUUUGGGUGCAGAGGAAGAGGGCAGAGAGGAAGAGGCCAACAGGCAUCUUGGGUUGGCUGGAAUAAAACAAGAAGUGAAUUCCAAGCAAAUGAUUUACCUUCCAAUCAACAGUCAACUUUUCGUAGCCAAGCCCUUGGGGGAGACAUGGCCCCCUCCCGAAUCCGCCGCUGUGGGCAUGAUCAUGAUCAAGGUGGUGGAAGUGGUAGUGGGGCUGGCCACUCCAACGUUCAACAAAAAAGACAAAAUGAUUAUGGAGGACGUCAACAAAAGCAGAAUGUAAGGAACAAGCAAAACACUGAACCAGACGACAGAAACUGUUAUGUUUCUUAAAUAUAUUGCAGUUGGAAAUUUUACAAUAAUGAUUAUAUAUGAUUCAAUGUGGCUUCCAUUGGUCAUACGGCACCCAUCCCAUCUGAUGUGGAUUUCUUGCCAUACCAGCCGCAGCUUGCCAGGCGUAACUUGAUCAAUUGCGAGACAAAUUUUAGCGCUCAGCUUUGGUUGAAAAUCUGGUGAGGGUGGAACAACCUGUGGGCUUGAUGAACCACCUAAAGGAAAAAUACAAAAAAAACAAAACAAAAAAAACAGGUGUGUUAGAUCCAGUAAACGUGGGGACACUGCAUUUUCUGCUCCUCAGACAAACCAUCAUGUACCAUUUUUAAACAAAACUUCUUACGAGCAAUCUUAUCAGUUUAUUUUCGUUUCUGCACCAUUGUUUACUUGUGUGAUUUAAGAUGUAACAGUUCUCUCAACAUAUCCCAAAAGAGUCGUAUGUGAACAGCCAGCUGUCGAGAAGCACGACUUGACUUUUUAGGUAUGCUACCAAAGCUUUGCCUCACUUUUUGUACUCCGUCAAAGGCCAUGGGGUCGACCAGAGGCUUUGAUGCAUCUUACCGUACAUCCAGUUUCAUUGAAACUCUUAUGCCACUGAUAAACAGUAGGCAUACAGGGAGGAUCUUAAACAUACUCUGUUUGAAAAAUAUGUAGAAAAGUUGUCACAGACAUAGAAUUUUCAAACCAAACACGCAGCGAGCACACUCAAGACUGGCAAAGGCAGGGACAGGCUCAGGACAUGUAAAUCUUUUUUAUGUAAAGCUUCUUACGUGCAUUUACAUGUUUUAUUACGUUGAAAAGAUGGGAUACCUCUCGGAAAUAAUUAAAUGUAUUGAAAAGGAAGGCAUGUCAUGUAAAGCCAAAUGUUCAGUAACCCUAACCACGUAGUUUCAUUUUUACCAUUAGACAGUUCUCUUAUUAAAGCAUUUGUUCUUUCAUGAAACUUGUCUCAGUCACGUUUUCUCUGGAGACAUGACUUGUGCUCUUGAAACUGGAAUAUUUUGAAGUGAGUAAAGCCAUGUACCUACUUAUGGUCGUGGGGUUUACUGGAGAAGAUGAAUUAAGUAAUGGUUUCUCAAUGCCAUUCACUACCUUCCCGUCCUGUUGUUCCCUGGCUCACUCUCCCACUGGGAUUGCUUACUCAAACUUUGUUUGGGUUUCUCAAUGCAACAGGGGCAGCUUUUAUAGGGAAGGUUUCGUGUCAGAGGCUAAGAGAACUCUGGUGUAAGAGUUCUUAAGUUAGCAUCUCACCUUUAUUGUUGCUAGAAUCUCAAGGUGGAAGCAGAGAUUCCUCCAGGUUGAUCCUAGUGUAUAAUUUCCUCCAUUAACAUGAAAUAUAAUAAUAAAGAAAUCUGCAUUAGAAAACUUGCAAAAUAUGCUUGCAUGUGCGUGCAGAGUAAAAUUCAUUAUAUACAACACUAGCACAAUUUUUGUGCUUAGAAACAGUGGUUAUGGAAUGUAUUCAUUGCUGAGUAAUUCCUUAUAAAUUUUCCUUACUAAGGAGAAUUAAAUAUUUAAACCCUGUAUCAAUGGUAGCAAAAAAUGGUAUUAAAUUUUUUGCAAUUACCAAUUGCAACUGCCGACCAAUUUUAUUGGGACCAAUGAAAAUGAGUGCAUGGGUGACAAAUGCUCUCAUUAAAUGUUAUGCCAAUAAAUAAUUGUGUGAUUAGUAUACAAUAAAGUGAAUUUGUUAAGUUAAAUUCGUUAUUUGCAAUGAGAAUUGGAAAUAUAUUUCAUUAUUACAAGGAUCUGCAAAUAGUUGAACAAUUCUGAGUAUAAAGAUCUGAAAGAAUAAUGAAAGAGUUUGAUUUAUUGUUUUUUUAAAUUUUUUUGUCCAUUAACAGAAGUGCAAUAUGCAAACAUUUUCUUGAGCUCCAGAAAUCUCUUUGUGGUAAAUCUCUUUGAGGGGACCCAAGGGAGGGGGGAAGCAUAUUCCCACAAACCAACAUUUUUAUAUUGUUUUCUAAAUCCAAAACAUUUGCGACAUAUUGAUCAUAUCUCAUUGAAAGGAGUAUUCCCAUUAAAAUAAAGCAUAUUUCCAAAGUUAUUUAUGAACUGAAAAUGCUAUUCCCCCUUCCAAAAUAGUUUUUGAUUCCGUCCCUGAUUAAAACCUCUUGGAUUUUUACCCUUUUAUAAAAAGGCUGCUAAUUGUGUAUUAAAAGGUAAGAAUAUGGAAUUUAAGUUGUAUGUAUGUGUAAUUGACACUUGUCAAAGCUUAUUUUUUAUUAUUGGUGAUUAAUAUUAUACUAACUGAUUUUUGUUCUGUUCAUUAUACUUAUUGUAAAGUCACUGUAUACCAGGAAUAAU